AUGAGGCACCUACAAGUCAUUUGGCUGCAGCUGCUGCUACUCGCAGCCUGCACGCAGGUUCUUGCAUGGGGCACUAUAAAUGGAUCAAAUGGGACAGAUGACGGCCACGAUGGCCUGCGACUACCAGAUGAGGAGGUCGCACGCCUUGCAUCGGCGCUUGGACAGAGAUCGUCAUUCGGGGCUCCAAGGAAAGGCUUCUCGUACUUUGAUUUCUUCUUGGGGAUCAUUGUGGCCUGGGGGGUGGCUGCCUUUCUGCAGUACCGCUUCAACUUCCGCUUGCUCAACAGGAAGCAGAAAACAGAGGCUAUUCAGGCUUUGAAGGACAUGGAUGUUCAUACACUCAGGCACGUGCUUGGCAAUGCAAACCUGCCCUCCUGGAUCAACUUCCCCGAUUUUGAGCGGGUCAACUGGGUGAACAUGGUCUUCUCACAGCUUUGGCCGAAUCUGUCGGCGUACUUCACAAAGCAAGCACACCCCCAGUUGGAUCCUCUGCUGAAACAGAGCAAGCCAGCAUGGAUCGAGUCCAUCAAGCUGAUAAAGUUUGAUUUGGGGGAGAAGGCGCCUCAUAUCAGCGGAGUGAAGGUGUACAGAGCAGAAAACCAGGCAGUGGACGAGGUCAUCAUAGAGUGCGAUUUCAUGUGGGCAGGCCAGCAGGAUGUCCAGAUCCUGGUGAAGCCGGUGCCGCGGUUUGUGUCCAAGGUGCUCAUUGGCGUCGGCAAGCUCAUAUCCAACUUAAUACGACUAAAGGUCAGCAUGAUGCGUCUCAUCGUGAACGGGCGCCUGCGGAUCACUCUCACGCCACUGCUCAAUGACAUGCCCAUUGUCGGCGCCAUCCAGGUGUCCCUGGUGGAGAUGCCUGACUUCAGCUUUGAUCUGGAGGUGCUGGGCGGUGACAUCACCCUGCUGCCGGGCUUGGAAGCCUGGCUCAACAGCUUCAUCCGCGCAAGCGUGCUCAGGCCCUAUGUGCUGCCAGACAAGUACGUGGUGCAGCUAAUGGAAGGGGCAAUGGGCUUCGAGACUCCCAAGGGCAUCGUCUUUGUGAAGCUACUGGAAGCUGAGCACGUGCCCAAAAUGGACAUGCUAUCCAAGUCAGACCCAUACGUCAAGCCGUACACGCUGCCAGAUAGGUACACCUAUGAGAUUGUGCCUGGCAGCGGGAUGCAGAAACCGCGGGCUCUGCUGACUGUGCGCCUGAUCGAGGCUGAGCACGUGCCUCGCACUGACUGGCUGUCCAAGACGGACGCCUUUGUCAAGCUGGGAGUGCGCUCUUCGCGGAUGGCGCGCAGCCAGGUGAUCGACAACAACCUGAACCCCAAGUGGGACGAGGAGUUCAAGCUGCUUGUGCACGAGCCUGAGCACCAGGCGCUGCGGGUGGAGCUGUAUGACUAUGAUGCCAUGGAUGCGGAUGACCUCAUUGGGGAGGCCAAGAUCGAUGUGAAGGAACUGGAGGACCAGCAGGAGAGGGACCUGUGGCUGGACAUCAAGGCCAUUGAGCCAGAGAAGGGCUCUCACAAGGGCAUUGGCGGGAAGGUGCGGCAGGUGAAGGAUGUGUCGAAGGAGGCGGUGGACGCGACUCGGCGGAAGUUGGGCAGAAACAAGCACGACAAAACCUGCCGCGUGCACAUCAAGGUGACGUACUAUGAGUUCAGGAAGGAGGAAGUGGAAGCAGCGAUGGAAGGGUCGCAGCAUGGGCCGGGCGGUCCGCAGCACAUGCCCUCCCAGAUCCAGAACAAGGAAGCCUUCAACAUGCUCAUGGGUGGGGUGCUGUACGUGCGCGGGCGCAAGGCACACAACCUGUCGCACAAGCCAUGGUACAAGGGGGGAUUCCUCAAGUCCACUGCCACUCUCAAGGUGAAGGUGGCGGGCCACACCAAGAAGAGCGUGCGCGCGCCGGGGUCAGAGCCUCUCUUUGACGACACACUCGAGUUCAUCCUGGGCGCGGAUGAGAUAGCAGAGCCGGAGCGCAAGAGCAUAACGGUGGAAGUGUGGGACUACAAAAUGGUUAACCAUUUCAGAGGGGUUGCUCAAGUGCCCCUCAAAGACGUGCUGGACAAGCACCGCAUCCGCGACACCUUCAGGCUGAAGGGCGUGGACCAUGGGGAGAUUGAAUUAGAGCUGCAGUGGUUCAGAGUGCUUGAUAUCCAGCCUCGCUGAUUCAUUCUUCUAAUUCUGCAUCAUAUUCAUGUUUCCUAGAUGUUUGUUUCCACUCUUCAGUCGGUGUGUGCGAUGCUUAUUGGGUAGUGGAGUAGCUGGUGCGUACCGGACUUGGUGCAUUGUGCAUUGUCUGAUCAGAUGGUAAAUUACCCCAAAGCUACAUUUAAUCGCGAGGCGUGGAAAUUUUGCGGAGCUGCUUCUACAUCUUUCCUAGUAGGUUGAGAUGUGCGUCUUGUUAAGGCCAUGCAUGUGGAACAUCUCGCAGAUUUUUGAAAGGGAGAACUUCAGCUUGUGUCUUGAUUAAUGCAUGGUGCGACCUGUAGACAAUCGUGCUUUUGUUAGUAAGGAUGUAUUGGAUAAUAACACCCCAUGGACUAUGUCAUGUUCAUGAUCCUUUUCACACGAAUCCUUGAUAGAUGGUUCUCGGACUCUUUUACAAUGUGGCCUAGUGUACACAAGCAAGUGCACACACGCCUGCAAGCAUCUGCUGUAGUUCAAUUGCUGGGUCGUGUCAAUUUUGAUUUGGAUAUGCCUGCGCAUAAUUAGCUUGAGUAACUGAUGUAUGUAAGAAAUCCCACUCCACU